CCAGGCAUUUGUACCGUACGUUACUGCUGUGUUUUCCAUUGUCCACACAGCAUGCUGCUAAAAGGAGACUUGCCUUGUUCCUAGUAAAACGAAGAACAGAUGGACCGCAGUUUGAAGCGCCGGCAGGUGAAACCACUUGCUGCCUCUCUCUUAGAUGCCUUGGAUUAUGACAGCUCAGAUGACAGUGACUUUGAAGUGGGAGAUGCCUCAGGAUCAGACGGCACAGGAAAUGGCAGUGAUGAAGAAGGGUCUAAAGCGAGUGCUGCAGGUUCAGAAAGUGACUCAGACAAUGCUGGUUCUGCAGACAAUGGUAUAGAUGUGGAGGAGUCCCAGGACCUGGCAGCUGAGGACAACUUAACGGAAGAUGAAGAGAAGACCAAACAGCAGCCUUCCUCAGACAGCUCUAUUAAAGACGCCCCAGCUGUCACCCCACCCAAAGGGCGACGCAAAAGCAAGAAAACAUCAGAACUUGAGCCGGUGCCUGCUCCGGUUGCUGGUACUGGAUCUACCUCGAUGUCUGGAACUGGCAGCGAAAACACUGAAGAGUCUCAAGCUGAGCCCAAGAAAUGGAAUUUCCGUAGGAACCGUCCUCUGCUGGACUUCACCACUAUGGAGGAGCUGAAUGAGAUGGAUGACUAUGACAGUGAGGAUGAUAAUGACUGGAGACCUACAGCAGGGAAAAAGAAAGGCAGAGCUGCCACACAGAAAAACACUGAGGAAGAGGAUGGCGGCAGCGCCAGUGAUGAUGAUGACGAUGACGACGAUGAUAAUGACGAUGAUGACGAUGAUGAGGAAGAUGACAAGGAAGAUGACAAGGAAGAUGGUGAUGACAAAAACAACAACAACAACAGUAGCAGUGAUAGUGACAAAGAGGUGAAAAAGCCAAAGAAGAAGGCUAAGAGUACCAAUGCUUUUGAUGAAGAACUUACUAAUGACAGCAUGUCCCAGGGAAAAGGCAAUGAGGAUGCCUUGCUGGACCGGUCCCAGAACUGGAGCACUCAGCACAUCCUCAUCUGCUGCGUCUGUCUGGGAGACAACAGUGAGGAUGCAGAUGAGAUCAUCCAGUGUGAUAACUGUGGGGUGACUGUGCAUGAAGGGUGUUAUGGUGUGGAUGGUGAAAGCGACUCAAUCAUGAGCUCGGCCUCGGAGAAUUCAACAGAACCUUGGUUUUGUGAUGCCUGCAAGAAUGGAGUGACUCCCAGCUGUGAGCUCUGCCCCAACCAGGAUGGCAUCUUCAAAGAGACAGAUGCUGGGAGAUGGGUGCAUGUGGUUUGUGCACUUUACGUUCCUGGAGUAGCAUUCGGAGACAUUGAUAAACUACGACCAGUGACACUCACAGAGAUGAAUUAUUCAAAAUAUGGGGCCAAGGAGUGCAGUUUCUGCGAAGAUGUCCGCUUUGCCAGGACUGGUGUGUGCAUCAGCUGUGAUGCAGGAAUGUGUCGAUCCUAUUUCCACGUCACUUGUGCACAGAGGGAGGGACUCUUGUCCGAGGCUGCUGCAGAGGAGGAUAUUGCAGAUCCUUUUUUUGCAUACUGCAAACAACAUGCAGACCGCUUUGACAGGAAGUGGAAAAGGAAGAAUUAUCUGGCCUUGCAGUCUUACUGUAAGGUCUCUCUGCAGGAGAGAGAGAAACAGCUGACUCCCGAGGCCCAGGCCCGAAUCACGACCCGCCUGCAGCAAUACCGGGCAAAAGCAGAACUGUCCAGGAACACCCGGCCUCAGGCGUGGGUACCCCGAGAGAAGCUGCCGCGACCUUUGACUUCUAGUGCCUCAGCCAUCCGAAAACUGAUGAGGAAGGCGGAGCUGAUGGGCAUCAGCACUGACAUUUUCCCUGUGGACACAUCUGACGCCAAUGCCAGCAUGGACGGACGCAGGAAACACAAGCAGCCUGCUCUCACAGCAGACUUUGUCAAUUACUACCUGGAGCGGAACAUGCGAAUGAUCCAGAUCCAGGACAACAUCUCAGAACAGAAGAACUUAAAAGACAAGCUGGAGAGUGAGCAAGAAAAACUGCAUGUGGAGUACAACAAGCUCUGUGAGUCUCUGGAAGAGCUGCUGAAUGUAAAUGGAGAGCUGCGGAGUGAAGGCCAGGCCAUGUGGACUCUGCUGGGGGGCAUCCUAGGCCAGAAACUAAACACUCCGGCUGUUCUGAAAGCCCCAAAAGAGAGGAAGCCCAGCAAGAAAGAGAGAGGAACCCCAGGGAAGUCAUCCAGCCUGCCCGCAAUCCUCUACAGCUGUGGCAUCUGUAAGAAGAACCAGGACCAACAUCUGUUGGUGUUGUGUGACACCUGCAAGCUCUACUACCACCUGGGAUGCUUGGAGCCACCACUAACACGCAUGCCCAAGAAGACCAAGAACAGCUACUGGCAAUGCUCUGAGUGUGACCAGGCCAGCAGCGAUGAGGCUGACAUCGCCAUGGAGACGCUACCAGAUGGCACAAAGAGGUCCAGGAGGCAGAUCAAAGGACCAAUCAAAUUCAUCCCACAAGAGAUGUCCCCGGAGCCCAAGAAACAUCAAGUGAGAGGCACGAGAACCAGAGGACAGAAGAGGAGGAGACUUCCGAUCUGUGAAGAUAGAGAAGAUAAAAUUGAGGAACCACUGCCACGGGAACGCCGACAACGACAGUCUGCAAUGCAGAAAAAACCCAAAGCUGACGACACGAGGACUGAGUGUACAACCUGCAAAGGACCAGGCGACAACGAAAACCUAGUGAGGUUGUGAGAGCCGGGGCAGCCACCUCACCUCCCAUAAAAACUCGGGACAGAUGACCGUUGGCUUAGAGACAGAAAGAGGCAAAUUGAGGCAUUUGAAGAAAGGCACUUGGGUCAGGCUGAAGAACAUCCAUCGUCACGCCACCCCACAACCACUUCUGAUCCAAACCAGACCAGCUACUGUCCAACAAAAAUUGAGAGGAAAUGUAUGAAUCUAAAAUGUGAAAUCUAAGUCCUGAAAGUCUGUUUUGAGCCAGUAAUGUUUACUUAAUGUUGGACUGUUAGCUUGUACACACUAACUUGGUAACUUGGUUAAUGUUCUACAGGAAGUGUCUGUUUUCUUGUUUUUUUGUUGUUGGGGGGGAGUCUUUUAGACUGGGUUCGACUGCAAAAACAUGGUUUAAAGCUGAGAAGCAUCUUGGCCACUCACAUGGCAGCAGUGUUUUUUGUGUUGAUUUGUUUUUUUAGUCCUUUGUUUAGCCAGGAAUGUCCUAUUUUUGAUAGAACUCUUCUUCCAAGGAGUCUUGUUCAGUUCCAGGAAGUCCUGGUUUGGUUGCUUCACUCUGUAGGAAAUGAGUAAAAGACUGUUGGCUUGUCCAUCAUGUUGCUCACAGUGCUAGUCAUUAAACUGCUGCACUCUAUGUGACAGCUGAUUUUUGCAUCGUCUGACUUAGGACCCCGAAUUAAUUCUCUCUGUGCCUCUAGGUGCACACCUGCAUAUAACAUAAAAAUCUUGUAGAGCAACAAAAUUUUUUGUUAUUGGUACUAAUUACAGUAGGAUUUCAGUAUGAAUUUGCUUGACUGCAAGAUGCACUUGAACCUAGGAUUUCUCAGACAUGAGUGUUGUGUUUUUAAUUAAGUGGAGGACCAGCACUAUUAAGCAGAGUCCAUGUUGUGUAAAGAAAAAAAAGCCAACUCUUUCUGGUGUAUAAUGUGUAGCAGUAAAGUAAUGCUACCAUAAAGCAUUUCUAGUGCGAAGUAGUGUAGUUGCAGUUGCUGGUAAUAGCAAAUACUUAUUAGUCCAAAUGUCUUUAGUGGCUUUAGGUCUUUAGAAGUCUUCCUCUGUCUCCGUAUCUUAAAGUGACAGUUAAACUAACACGUCCUCAGAAAGAAUCCAGCUUUGUCUCCAUGUCCCAGGUGGCCCAUAGUCAGUGCUGUCAAAACAACAGCUGCUUGCUGCUCUGUCAGGGCUCGCAAGUGAAAAAGUGUCACAUUCUGCCCUCAUAUGUCACUCUGUUGCCUAUCCAGCGCCUGAUAUGCAUGCUUUUGGGAAGAGUCAAACCCACGGAAUUUACUGCUUUUUGCCUCUCUGGGGUGUGUCCACAAACACCACUGCAGUGGGUUCGUCUUUAGAGAUGAGAUCUUGGUGCAGAAUGACUUGCUGACUCAUGACCAGUUCUUUCACAUCAUUCAUAGUCAGUCUCAAAGACUGUGUGUCAGUUCUCCAGUGCAUGGCUGUAUCUAUUUACUCAGAUCUGAACAAUAAUUUGACGUGGUCUUGUAGAAUCUGAAUGCCAGGUAGAUACUGUAUGUAGUAUGACAAUGUGUACAGUAUUUAUUAAAGAGGCCAAGCAUACAUCUUUUUUAUGCCUACAUAUGUGAUUAUAUAUCAUAGGUUUGUGUUGUGAACAGAGUUGAACUCGGAUUUGUGAUGUAAUCUUGUACCAUGUUUUUUUUUAUUUGCCAAACAUUUGUUUACAGACACGCGUUUAAGGGAAUAUUUCUGAAUGUGUACUGUCUUACUGUGUUACUGUAUGAAGUAAGAAUCUGAGUAUUGCUGCUUUUGUGUGUGUGAAGUGUUUCAGCCUCUGGCCUAUAGCUCUUGAAAAUUAAGUGGAGCUUUAAUAAACUCUUGACUUUUUCA